AUGCCAGCUCGUGAAAGAGCCCUUGUAGAAUUUAACGAAAAAGUUCUGAAACCAGAUAUCUUAGGUAAUGAAAUGUGGAAUAGUGAUAAAUAUAAAAAACAUAGUACAUUAACUAAUGCGAAAAAAGCACUUGCUUCUGCAUGUACAAAAACUAAAGAAGGAAAGGUUAACAUUGAUGAUAAAAAAAUUGCAGAAGCACUGAUAUUAUUUGUUACUAGAGAACUUCUAAAAGCAACAAGAAUAUGGAUUAUAGGUAAAGAAAUUUUAACACAUGAAGGCAUUCUCUAUCGUAGCUCUCAUGAAUGGGAAAAAUUAAUUAAAGCUUUUGCUGAAGCAACUCAUGCAUGGUUAGAAGGACAUGAAUUUCGAGAAAUACCAGAUCCUUUGCAAGAGCUUAAAGUGAAAUAA